AUGGCUGCCAUUGACAAAAUGAGGAAUUCGAACGAUUCUAUAUCGCAAAUUGCCAAAAUCCUGCGUGAUCAGAAUCAGCCAUUGACUGAAAGAUUCAGGGCUCUGUUCACUCUACGAAACCUGGGCGGUAAAAAGGCGAUUAAUGCGAUCGCAGGGAUAUUUUCAGAUCCGUCUGCUUUACUCAAACACGAACUAGCCUACUGCCUUGGUCAGAUGCAAGACGAUUAUGCUGUCUCUAUCCUCACCGAAGUUUUGCAAGACGAGAACCAGGAGGUUAUUGUACGCCACGAAGCAGGAGAAGCCCUUGGAGCAAUUGGAUCUCUAUCAUCAAUAGAAGUCUUGAAGAAAUACGAAAAUAGUGAUAUUAGAGAUCUUGCUGAUACAUGUCAACUGGCCAUACAACGGAUCAAGUGGCUGCAUGGGUCUGAUCGGCACAAGAAGAAUUUGUCCAAGAAUCCUUAUAAUUCAAUUGAUCCAGCUCCCCCUUCUGAAUGCCAGGACCUCGGAAAAUUGGAAAAGAUGUUAUUGGAUGAAAAUCUGCCAAUGUACAACCGAUACAGGGCUAUGUUCUCUUUGAGAAAUAUGCAAACAGAUAAAGCCUGCCGUAUUCUGGCAAAAGGUUUUAAAUCCUCAAGUGCACUCUUUCGCCAUGAAAUUGCUUAUGUCCUUGGCCAACUCCAAAAUCCUAUUGUUGCUAAAGAGCUGAUGGCCACAGUUGAGAAUGAAGAUGAAGAUCCCAUGGUUCGGCACGAGUGUGCCGAAGCCCUAGGAGCAAUGGGGACUGCUGAGUGUAAUGAUUUUCUGGCUAAAUAUUUGACAGACAAGGAGCGGAUCGUACGAGAAAGCUGUAUAGUUGCUCUGGACAUUAGUGAGAGUACUGAUCAGUUUCAGUACGCUAACACCUUGAGCAAAGUGACCAGUGUGUCUGCUUGA